AGACAUUUGGAAGGAGGAUUUUGGAGAUGGCAACAAAAUGUUUCACGCUCGUGACAUUGACGAUAUUCCUGACGUCACUUUGUAUACAUACGUCCCAGGGCACGUGCUCCGUGGUAAACUGCCUCGUGGGUAUGAUGCGGUGCUCAAAGAACGCAAAAUCCUCCGGGGAAAAUUUCGAAACUUUCGGCUGUUGUGAUAUCUAUUUCGGCUGCAUGAAGGAUUGUGGGAUUGAAGAUGUCACGUGCGGAGGAACACCCUUAGACGACGAAACUCUUGACGAAUCAGACGAACUAGCUGAUAAGCGGGGGUCAUGGAAUAAACGCGGAUCAUGGAAUAAGCGAGGUUCAUGGAAUAAGAGAGGUUCAUGGAAUAAGCGAGGAUCAUGGGACAAACGCGGAUCUUGGAACAAGCGGGACUUAUUGGAAGAUAAACGCGGAUCUUGGAACAAGCGGGACUCAUUGGAGGAUAAACGCGGGUCAUGGAAUAAGCGCGGAUCAUGGAACAAGCGAUUUGACUACCCAGAAGUAAACUCGGACUUCCCAGUAUACUUCACGGAACAAGACCUUUAA